CAUUUAACGAAUUAUAAGAUUAAAUUCUUAGAUUUACUAUAAAUAUUAACUGAAAUUGGGCUAAAAGCAUCAGUUGUCGACUGGCAGCAUCAGAAGCAAAAUGAAGUUUAAAUUAUUGCUGCUUUUAGCAGCUUGCGCUUUGAUCUCUGUCAAUGGUUUUUCAUUGAGGAGUAAACAAGUUCAAAGAACACACCAUCGAGUAGCAUAUAAAGCAGAACCCGAACCACCAGCACCAGGACCAGAACCAGAACCCGAGCCUCAACCUGAGCCAGAACCGGAGCCUGAACCUGGCCCAGAACCAGGUCCAGAACCAGAACCGGAACCGGAACCAAAACCAGAACCUGGACCAGAACCUGGACCAGAACCAGAACCUGAGCCAGAACCUGAACCUGAACCUGGACCAGAACCUGGACCAGAACCAGAACCUGAGCCAGAACCAGAGCCUGAACCUGGCCCGGAACCUGGACCAGAACCUGGACCAGAACCAGAACCGGAACCAGAACCAGAACCUCUUGUACAUUACGCCAGAAAGCACUUAGUAGAACCUGAGCCAGAACCCGAACCGGAACCUAGACCAGAACCAGGUCCAGAACCAGGGCCAGAACCAGAACCAGAACCAGAACCAGAACCAGAACCAGAGCCCCGUCCAGAACCCGAACCAGAACCUGAACCAGAGCCAGAACCAGAACCAGAACCAAGGCCAGAACCCGAACCAGAACCUGAACCAGAGCCAGAACCAGAACCAGAACCAAGGCCAGAGCCAGGACCACAACCAGGACCAGAACCGGAACGAGAACCAGAACCAGAACCUCUUGCUCAUCAUGCUAGAAGACAUUUGGUAGAACCCGAGCCUGAACCUGAACCAGAACCACGUCCAGAACCUGGACCAGAACCUGAACCAGAACCAGAACCAGAACCAGAACCAGAACCAAGGCCAGAACCAGAACCUGAACCUGAACCAGAGCCAGAGCCAGAGCCAGAACCAGAACCAGAACCAAGGCCAGAACCCGAACCAGAACCUGAACCAGAGCCAGAACCAGAACCAAGGCCAGAACCCGAGCCAGAACCAGAGCCAGAGCCAGAGCCAGAGCCAAGGCCAGAGCCAGAGCCAGAACCAGAACCAAGGCCAGAGCCAGAUCUAUUAAAACUGAGAUUAAAGUACCAUCGCUUUUAGAUAUCAUUAGUUAAUGUAAAUUAGAUGCAUAAAUAAAUACACUGUUUAAUCAGUUUCUUUGAGUUA